AUGACUCGCAACAAAGACCAUGACCGGAAGCGGCGACGCUCGCCGUCGCGCGCUCACCCGCGUCCCCCCUCAAGCCGUGACCACGACCAGCAUACACCGUCUUCUUCCUCUGCAUCUUCUCUCCAUCUUCACAAAAGCUCGUCAAGUUCAGACGCGUCUAGCGCUCAGGAGACGAUAUCUCCCGACGUCACCCGAAGCCCGACUUUACCUGCCUUAGCGCAUCGCGAGGAGCUCCUUCGUGCCCUGACCGACCACCAAGCCGUCAUUUGUGUCGGAGAGACCGGAUCCGGCAAGACCACGCAGAUUCCUCAGUUUUUAGACGCCUGUGGUGCAUAUACCGAUGAUAAACGUGGUCCAAGUGGGGUAUCUCCUUGUGUAGCCAUUACACAACCCAGACGAGUCGCUACUGUGUCGGUAGCGACUCGAGUAGCUGAAGAAAUGAACACAAGUGUGGGAGGGGAUGGGGUCGUGGGGUACUCGAUCCGCUUCGAGUCGCGGUGCAGCAGCCAGACUCGGCUCAAGUUCCUAACGGAUGGAGUUUUGGUGCGGGACUGUCUGAACGAUCCGCUGCUCAAGCAGUACAGUGUCGUGAUGCUGGAUGAAGCUCAUGAGCGCAGUAUCCAUACAGACCUUCUCUUUGGUCUAUUGAAGCAGGUGAUGGCACGACGGCCGGAGUUUCGGGUGCUCAUCACAUCUGCGACGUUGGAUGCCGACAGGUUUGCCGAGUUUUUUGGCAAAAUGAUGACGACGAUACCAAGUGAAGCGUUGGGCGGGAAGAACAAGCACAAGAGAAAGAAGACGGUGGAGCCAUGUCCGGUGGUAACGAUUCCUGGACGAGUGUUCCCUGUGGAGAUCUUCCAUUCCAAGCAACGUCAAGUCAUGGGACAUAGAGGUCCUUUGUCAACGUAUGUGCGUGCUGCUGUGGACACAACGAUACAGGUGCACAAUAGUGAGGAGCCGGGUCAUAUCCUGGUCUUUCUUACAGGACAGCGUGAAGUUGAAGACGCGUGUGCGCAAAUUCGGUUGUUUUAUCAAGAACAGCGAGAGAAGCGAAGAAAUGACUUGGAGCUGCGUGUUCUGCCGCUGUAUGGUGCAUUGCAAGGCCGGCGACAGCGUGACAUCUUUCACGUGGUGCCGGUAAAUCGUGUACGCAAAGUGAUUGUCGCGACGAACAUUGCGGAGACCUCGCUGACUAUUGAUGGCGUUCGAUAUGUGGUGGAUUGUGGCUUUACAAAGCAGAAAGUGUAUAAUCCAGCGCAGCAGAUCGAGUCGCUAGUAAUUGUGCCGAUAUCAAAGGUGUCAGCGCAGCAGCGGGCUGGUCGAGCAGGUCGCACGGCUCCGGGAAAGUGUUUCCGCUUAUACAACAAGGUGUCUUACGAAGAAAUGGCGAAGGAGACCGUGCCCGAGAUUCAACGCACAAACCUGGCAAACACCGUGCUGUACCUAAAGCUGCUCGGUGUACAAGAUGUGCUCGGAUUUCCGUAUUUGGACCCACCUGAUGACGACACACUCUUGGAUGCACUGAAGCAGCUGUACGUGCUAGGAGCGCUAGAUCCCAGCAACGGUGAGGCUACUCCAGUUGGCAAACUCAUGGCUGCUUUUCCACUUGAGCCAAGGCUAUCCCGCGCCCUGGUCGAAUCGUUGCUGCUGGAUUGUAGCCGUGAGAUGACGCAGGUAGUUGCCAUGCUUUCUGUGGAAAACAUUUUUGCUGAGGCUCGUCAGAAGCAGCGUCGCCGUGAUGGAAGUGACGACGAAAGAAACAAGGAGUUUGACUGGGCGCAUCGUAUGCUGGUUCUAAAAGAAGACGGACUUGUGCACGAAGACGGAGAUCCGCUCACGUUUCGAUUAUUGCUGGAGACCUUCGAGUCUAAGUCUCGUGAACGGCGAGGUUAUUCCCGUGACCUUGAGCUGUGGUGUGAAGAUCGUCAUCUCCGGUUCCGGGCAUUGACGAUGGCAGUAUCCAUUAUGAGACAGCUUCGUGCAAUCAUUGAUUCACUUUCUCAACUUGAUCUUGAUGCUGUAAAGACGAGGAUGCGUGACGAUGGGAAUCGACUGAAUGAGUCAGUAGAUGAUCGCCUUCGCCAAGCGUUCUGCGCUGGUUUCUUUAUGAAUACGGCUCGCCGAUGUACAAUGGACACGGCGUUUCGCCUCAUUUACCAUGACCAUGACGACCAAAGAGCAGUUCAGCUUGCGCAGUUUCACCCGCUAUCGGUGAUGUGCUAUACCGCCCCUCCCGAAUUUUGUGUGUUCCAAGAGCUUGUUGUCACCAGUAAGCCGUUCAUGCGAUGUGCAUUGGCUGUUGAGCGUCGUUGGCUUGAUCAGUACUUCAAAGGCAAAAAAGAGAUCACGAUGGCGCUGCUGUAUGCUCUAUGUGGACGCAAGCCUUCUACUGCUUCGGAUCAGGAACACGAGAUAGUCGCAAAGCAGCUCAAUCAUGAUGAAAUCGUGGAAUCUCAAAAGCAGCCAGCUUCAGUGACAGUUGAUGCCAUCGCUGCGGCUCGUGCGCGAUUUUUGGAGCGCAAGACACGCUCAUGA